CCCAGCGCCGCGCGUGCCGGUACCGGGGGAGGGGUGGAGCCGCCGGGCUCUGAGCGACCGGCACCGGGCAGAGCCCCCCCAGCUACUGACACCGGUACCGGUAGCAGCAGCAGCACCGGGGCAGAGCUCCAGCACGGGCAGCGGCACCGCUACCGGCGGCGGCAGCUCUGGUAGCAGCAGCACCGGGCAGAGUCCCGGCAGAGACACCAGCACCGGCAGCAGCAGCGGUACCGGCACCGGGCAGAGCCCCGGCAGCAGUACCGGUACCGGCAGGAACAGCAGAACUGGUGGCAAUAUCACCGGAGAGAGCCCCGACAGUGGCACCGGGCAGAGCCCCGGCACGGGCAGCGGUAUCGGCACUGGCGAUAGUGGCAGCAGCACCGGGAGAGCCCCGGCGGCGGUACCGGCAGAGCCAGGCUCCAGCGUCUCACCACGACACAGAAUGACAGAGCACGAGGACUUCGCGAGCUUGGCUGGGCACUGGAACUCCUCCAACAGUUACCAGUUCAGCCCUGCCAGUGUCAUUGUCCCUGUGGUCUUCUCCCUCAUCUUCCUCCUGGGCACAGUGGGCAAUAGCCUGGUGCUGGCAGUGCUGCUGCGCAACGGGCAGAUGGGACACAACACGACCAACCUCUUCAUCCUCAACCUCAGCCUGGCUGACUUCUUCUUCAUUGUCUUCUGCGUGCCUUUCCAGGCCACCAUCUACUCCCUUGACGGCUGGGUCUUCGGCUCCUUCAUCUGCAAGGCUGUCCACUUCUUCAUCUACCUCACCAUGUACGCUAGCAGCUUUACCCUGGCUGCUGUCUCUGUGGACAGGUACUUGGCCAUCCGCUACCCGCUGCGCUCCCGGGAGCUGCGGACCCCUCCCAACGCGGUGGCUGCCAUGGCUGUGAUCUGGGGCCUCUCCAUGGUCUUCGCUGGGCCCUAUCUCAGCUACUAUGACCUGAUUGAGUGGGAGUCCAGCUACAUCUGCAUGCCUGGCUGGGAAGAGUGGAGACGCAAGGUUAUGGACACCAGCACGUUUGCCUUCGGCUAUGUCAUCCCAGUGCUGGUCAUCAGCCUCUCCUACACCAGGACCAUCAAGUACCUCUGGACAACAGUGGAUCCCCUGGAGGACAUAUCAGAGUCCAAGAAGGCCAAGCGGAAGGUAACCAAGAUGAUCAUCAUUGUAACCAUCCUUUUCUGCCUCUGCUGGCUGCCCUACCAUGUAGUUAUCCUCCGAUACCUCUACGGAGACUUCCCCUUCAACCAGGCCACCUACGCCUUCCGCUUGCUUUCCCACUGCAUGGCUUAUGCCAACUCUUGCCUCAAUCCCAUUGUCUAUGCCCUGGUCUCCAAACACUUCCGCAAAGGCUUCAAGAAAGUUUUCAGCUGUCUCUUGAGGAAAAAGCACCACAACAAGGUGCACGUGGUGCACACUGCCCACACGGUGCCUGGAUUUGAGUUGUGAAGUGUCCCAGAGGCGUGAAGAGAGUAGCUGAACACAGGAGUGAGCUGAACCCAGCCUGCGUGGCAACCGCCUCCGGUUCCUCCAAGCCCCUUCGUAUUUCUUAGUGGUCAAACUCCACACUCUGCCAGCUUGUGUCACCGGCUUCAGGCCACCUUUUCCCACCAUGUGCUGGAAAGGCAAGCCAAAAACUGCUGCCCACUGCUUCUGGCCUUGUAUUCCUUCCCACUCCGCGCACCAGCUCUUCUCCUGAGCCAUCCCCACACACCAUGCUGCAUGCGAGGGAAGGAACAGACCCAGACUUCGCUCCUGAUCCCCACACCACUUGGAUUCCAAGGACUAAAGCUCUGUCUUCUCUGUUGGUUCUCAUCCUUUGAACUUCUCUGCUCCAUGGCCCCACUGCUCUGGACACGCUGGUUAGUGGCCAGUCCCUUCUGCCUCCCAGUGCCCCUGCUGGCCAGAAUGGCUCGCACAGCCAGGGAGAUGGGCAGUGCAGGUGGGGCCAGGCAAGCAAGGGUGGAGUGGAAAGUAGCUGGCACAGCCUGAGGAUGGAUGUGGUGAUGGCUUUGGUGCUGGCUGCUCUUCCAGUGACUGAGUUCUUCCCUGGAAUGUGGGGCUGGCCAUGGGCUCUGCAUGUAUGGGAUGAUGCUGAUGUACCUACUGGAGAAACGGCUUUCUAACCCAGAGGUAAUAAAUGCACUUCCUUCAGCCAGAUGACAGCAGGACCUGUGGUGGUCAUCUAGGGUGAGGGUGGACUAGAAUCAUAGUAUGCGUCAGGUUAGAAAAGACCUUUACAGGUCAUCCAGUCCACCCCCUCCCAUCCCAUAGAAGCAGGGCCAUCUUCAACCAGAUCAGGUUGCUCAGAGCCCCUCCAACCUCAUCCUGAGUGUUUCCAGGGAUGGGGCCUCCAUCCUCUCCCUACGCAAGCUGAGCCAGUGUUUCUCCUUGAGGCACGGCUGGACAUCAGGAAAAAAUUUUUCACGUAGAGGGUCAUCGGGCACUGGCAGAGGUGCCCAGGGAGGUGGUGGAGUCACCUUCCCUGGAGGUGUUUAAGGGACAGGUGGAUGAGGUGCUUAGGGACAUGGUUUAGGGAUUGUUAGGAAUGGUUGGACUCGAUGAUCCAGUGGGUCUUUUCCAACCUGGUGAUUCUAUGAUUCUAUGAUUCUGAUUCUAUGGCUGCUCCACACCUCAAGGGGACACCCAGAGCAGUGGUGGCUGCCCCAUCCCUGGAGGGGUUCCAGGCCAGGUUGGAUGGGACUUGGAGCCCCUGAUCCAGUGGGAGGUGUCCCUGCCCAUGGCAGGGGGUGGAACUGGAUGGGCUUUGAGGUCCUUUCCCACAUAAACCAUUCCAUGAUUCUAUAAAUAAGUGAAUUCAUGU